GUAGAAGUGUCUUUCUUUGGCAGAUUGGGGGCGAGGAAGAAGGCUUUGGGAAAUAGAAGGAAACCCCAAAUCAUCCUUUUUAUUCAGAUUUCGCCUUCAUUUCAUUAUUUUGACUAUUAUUUGGAUCACACAUACAAAGAAUCUGUCUAAAAUGGGCCUUAUGUGUGUGGUGGUCCUUAGUACCCUCCUGUGUUCAGUUUGGUCAUCAACCAUUAAAGCGAAAGAUGAUCACCGCACAGCUUUUAUCGGGGAGGACGUUCAUAUUGCCGUGCCGGCUUUGGACGCAACAGAGGUGAAAUUCGUCCGAGGUUGAAUCCGCUGUCUGAGCGCACUCUGCUGAAGGACGGGAAGAUUGUGGAUGUAAGAGCCAAGCUGAACGCUCACAUCAGCCACUUGAUUCUGGAGGACGUGGGUGAAGAAGAUGAGGGAACGUAUGUGGUGAGGAAUUCUGCGGCCCCCGCUGAUGUCAGACGGAUCAUACUCAUUGUUAGAGACUGUGCGACAGAGACUGUGGUGAAAUACGGAGACACGUAUCAUAUCCCGAUCAACCCUAGCAUCGGUCCAUACACGCUUGAGUUCAGGUCAGCGGGUCAGACUCAUGUAAACGUGACCAUGGAGGAACCACCCAUAUUUCUUCUCAACCAAACGGUCAUCACGUCCGACGAAUACCAGAACCGUCUGACCGUCAGCGAGAAAAGAAUCAACCUUCAUCUGGUUACAGGAGCCGAUGAGGGCAGCUACACCAUCAUUGACAGCGAUGGCAAAGUCAGAAUGAGGACCUGUCUCAAUGUGAAAGAUCACCAGAUCUUUGAGAACCUGAAAUACGGAGGAACUCUUAAGAUUAAGCUCCACGUGGACUACACCAAAGUCCGAAUGGUCUACAUCCCAGACACUGACCGCAAGGAGCGACUCAUCCUAGACCAGGGCGAGCUGGUGAUGCCUCUGGACCCUGCUUUGGACGGUCGAGCGUCUGUGGAAGAGUCAAUGUUUUACCUGAGGAAGAUCAAAGUGAGCGACAUGGGUCUCUUCAGAGUGAUGGAUAUUUCAGGCUUCCGCAUAGCUGACGUGUACCUUCACGUGGAACCUUAUAAGUUGCCACAGCUUUACGUGGCGAUCAUCGCCUUGCUGUCUCUGCUAGCGUUUCUGCUGCUGGUGUGUCUGCUGUCCUGUCUGAUUAAAGUUCACCGGCGUGCGGAGAAAGCGCGUAAGAUCACGCUCAUCGCUCAGCAGGCUGGCAAGAGCGAGGGAGAGAUGUUCAGACAGGUGGUUCAUGAGGCUUACACAAGAUUCACAGAGGAAUCCACGGUGCAGUCCACAUGGGAGAACGUCACAGAAAGCACGGAAGUUGAGAUCAAAGGUCUCGAGGUAUCAAAACCAGGUCAAUACCAGGCCCUCCAAUCUGACAAAAACUUCUUGGAGAUGAACGACUCAGGCGUGGAGUUCGCCUCAUCCGCGCUCCCUCUGGACAGCGACACGGAUGUACCCGACAAUCUCAUCUCUCACAAGGCCCUGCUUGAGUCCGACACCCUCGCCGGUGUCGCCCCGGCCGUUUCCGAGGGCGAGCACAGCGCCACUCGCACCCCUGACUCUGUUCUGAGCGUCAGCCCUGCCACCCAACCCAAAUCUGGGGCUCAGACAGAUGACGGCCUGAUCGGAGCCACCACACCUGAGGAAACAGCUCUUGCCAACGGGCUUGAUGCGAAGAUUAGCAAAGAUGCGUCGCCGCUCUCCGAUAAAGCCGCUGUCGUGGAUCCAAGUAACCCAAGCACAACCUGAGUGGGCGGAAUGGUUCGUUUCACCAACCAACUCAUCGUGUCUUCUUUUGCGCCCACUUUGCAUCUGUAACAUCUCACCGCUUGCAUCGCUCAUCGUGACACGUGAUUCAUCUGAUGUGUAACAAAAGGUUUGUCGAACAAGCAGAAACCCACAAGAACAAGUCUCGGAGAAGACUGCACACUUAGAAAAAAAUGAAUAAAACAUGACGUUGGAUGAAAUGGUUAAUGGUUCUGCACUAUGCAUGCCUGUAAAUUGAGUUCUGCUGACAGCCGAGUGCUGGAUUAGAGAGACCAUUUAGUGCAUGUGAAGAAGAAAAUAAAAACCUUACAACACUUUCAAGACGCACAUACGGAUGGUAAAUAUUUCAGACGAUACACAAAACUUAAACCAUGCAACUUUUCCACAAACUGCCUGGGUCUAUGUUUGAAGCAACUGAAAAGGAGAGAACAUGGGUCACAUAUUUUCCAAACAGUUCACCUACCAGAUGCCAAAAAACAUAACAUUCUUCAUUUCAAGAUCAAUUUCAACCUGGUUUCCGGACUUCCUCUAGUGACUCACCACCAACUCAGACGCGUAGUGCUGAUAAUCUUUGUCAAUGCUAAAGUAAACACUCUUGUUCUGGAUCACACGGGUGACAGGAGUCUGAUAUGGUGGCUCAAGCUUGUAAAUAGGAUAAUCUGCAUUGAAGGUUUUCGGCCCAGAGGGGAUCUGCUGAUGGAACGGCUUGUGUCAGCAGUUAAAGGUGCUGACUACACUUGGGCUUUUCUUCGUCCUCUUUUCCUCAUACACUCAUACGAUCCCCUAUUCUUCUUUAUUUAAACAUGUUUGAACAGACAAGAGAUCUUUGGAUAGUUCAAGUGCCAGUGUGAAAAGUGUUGCUGAUUCUGAAUGGUAACCUUGUGUAGUGUAGGGUUAGGGUCAAUCACCUCAUUGAAUUUUUUGUAUUUAUUUACAUUUUUGUUUUCGAAUAUUUGAAAAACGUUACCGAAUGUCGAAAAUUGGGCUCAAUUUAUGAAAUUAGUGAAAAUGAUUCUGCAUGUCGGCGUCGAUAGCCCCUCGGUGAGCAUGCUGACCCGAGUUUGAUUCCGAGCUCGGGAGUCAUUUGCCGAUCUCCCAUCUGUGCCCAGUGCAUUCCUGUCAUCUCCAAACCGUCCUUUCCCUAUAUUAACAAAAACAAGAAAUAUUGUAGGAAUUCUGAUGUAAAUAUAAAAAGUUAAAAUUAAAGUUUAAUUUACCUUAGGACAACUUCGAAAACACCAACAUACUUAUACAACCCACAUUCUUUAGAUAACAAUUUCAGAGAACUUAAUCAUAAACUUAAUUGUAAUCAUUAUUUUUACUAAAUGCAUUUAUGCAGAGAAAUUAUGUGUGUGGAAGGUUAUAAUGCAAUAUUAAAAUGAGUUAGCUUGCCAUGGGGUCGUACCCUGACGCUUCAUGAGAUGGGGCUUGACCUGCUGGUAAAAUUGCUACCUCGUGUUUUGAUGUCUGCAGGACGCACACACAGUAUGCUAAAACAGACAGGGUGAAAAAUAAAAAUUGAACAAUUAAAGCACAACGAAAAUGAAAGCCUUGAAAUGCUCUUAAAAAAAGCAGCUGAUGUUAAUACAACGGUUUGCAUAACGAAAUUAUGAGAAAAACAAAAAUUCUCUUUCGAUCUUUGAAUGAUUCCCGUAUAAAAUGCAAUUGCAGAGCAGUUUGCUUGUCAUUUUUAAACGACUUUCUAAAUUCUGCUGACGUUGCGAAACAGUCAAAAAAAGUUUUGUAUUGUAUUGAUGCCAGUGAGAUGCAUUUGAUGAUCAAGCUUAAAAAAAUCGCUGCAAUUUUUGACUAGCUUUUAUUAAAAACCCCCAUUCCUUCAAUUCAGAUUUUAAUUUUAGGGUUCUUGUGUAUCACACAGAGUGAAUGUGCAGUUAUUGGGCCUUAUGAAGCAAUAUUAGUAUGAAUGUUGCACACACACAUGCAUACUGGGUAGGUGCAAUAGAAUGAACAAACAUACACCUUCUGUACAUAAAUAUAUUGCAUGUAAGUGAUCAAUUACCUUUCUAUCCAAUGAUUGCUGGCUUCUCUUUUUACUCGCAAUAACACACAAAGCUUAAUGGCAAAACAUAACAGUGAGUUAUGAUCUCACAUUCAACAAAUUGACAUGCUUUACUAAUGCUUUGACUGCUUUUUAUCUUAUCACUUAAGAAUGAUUUUAAUUAUGCAAGACACAGCAAAAGACUAUUAUUAUUCUUAUUGAUUCAAUUAUACUCUCUCUUAUAUGCACUGAUGUCAUAGAUCUAGUAUAAACAAAAAGGAGAUACAUAUGCAUGCUGAACGAGGUUGUUUGUUAGAGAGUUCAUAUCACAUAUUUUUGGCUCUGAUAAGAAGUAUUCUUAAUGCCAGUGUUCAUUUAGUGAUGAAUAGAAAAUAGUUUGAUUUACAUUGUAAUAAUAAAUUUGGACCUCUUCAACUCAAAAUGUUUGAUUAAAUAGAAAAACAGAGAAAGUCACUAUAGGCAUGGAUUUUUAAUAGACUUAUGAAAAUUAGUUUUGGUAUGUCACUUCAGCUUUUAUUCAUAAUUAUGACAUUUAGAGUAAUGAAAAUGAUGUGAAUGAGCAGUUUGUACAUGUUUUAAUUCUUGGGCAUUUUAAUGUUUGUUAAUAAAAGGAACACCUUUUCUUCAUUUCUCACCAGGAAAUCAUAUUUCAAAGACGAUCGUUUUAAAAAUAGAUUAAGUGCUUGUUAAGGUGCACUUCAGGUAUUUCACACCUGAAGUUUCCCACAAUAAAUGUACCAAUAUAUAAUUUUGAUAUUUUUGAUAAUUUGAAGCGUACAGUAGAUAUAUGCUGGUUGUAUUUACAGUUUAAGCUUGGAAUGUUAUUGAUUGUAUUUGAUUGUAAAAAACAAUCUUACUCUGAUAUUCUGUACAAUUCACUUUUUGUUCAUUUGAUGUUUUUAAAUGCGCAUUUACAGGUAGCCUACAGUGUGUCUAAAUCAUAAUCCUCCAUAAGAAUAUGCACUUAUCACACCGACAGGCUCAUUCGCAUGUUAAAACAAGAUUUUUGAGUGGUAUACAUUAACAGCAAUAGAAAAAACAUCCCUGAAGCCUGUUCAAGUGUGACCAAACCUUUGAUAUUACAUCAUUCAACAAGCUCAGGAGUGUGUGUUCUUCUAAAUUAUUUAAGAUAAUUACAUUUUUUAAACGUGACAUGAACUGAUCUUCUGCCAGUUUACAAGCUAGAAUUCUCAGGAGAAAGGUUUAUCAAAGUUAUAUGUCAAGACAUUUUGUUCUUCCAAAUAACCAUUGAGAACCAUUGAUUCACAGCCAGAGAAUGAAGACCAUUAAUGAUUGAUAUUGCUUUUACUGUAAUGUAACCACGGAUAUUAACAAUACUUCACAGUCAUGUACAAAGAUGAUCAUGUUUUUGGCUGUACUUGUGGCUUUAUAGUAUGUAAAUUAUUUUAUUUAAGCAAAACAUUGAUUUUUUUCUGGAAUGAAUGAUGAAAAUAAAGGACCUUUGAUUGACGUUU